CUGGGCCCCUGCAGAACACUGUUCGGGUCUUGUCCACACAUUUCCUUUCCUGUCUCAUGUUUAGAGUCGAUGACGCGGACAGAAUAUCAGCGCGGCGUCCACACCCCCCCACUGGGCAAGUCAUCGGUCAGCAUCACUAUGCCUGGUGUGGCCCCACGAGCCGAGGGCCCCGAUACGGACAAAGGAGGCGGCCAAGAACCCAACGGGAGAUGUUCUGGAAUGGGGCAGAACAUUAAGCCCCGUCAAGUCCUGGCCUACCUGCCCCGGCCCCCCACAGACACCAGCCGGUACCGGAGCUUCCCCCAGAAGCCGGAAUGUGUGGUGGUGCCAACGUACGCAGCAGAGCCCAAGCCAGCCGCCCACCCAACGCCAACCCCGACUCACCCUCAACUACCACUGCCGGAUAUAAUGCCCCGCAGCACAUACAAGCGACACAUGAGCACCGCCGACAUUGGAUAUUCCUACCCAGCAAGGCCGCGCCAAAGUGUCUGCAUCUCCGCUGACCUCCCCAAGUACCGCCGAUCUUCCCUUAGAGAUGGAGGACCCGGCAGUGGGCGCUGGUACCCCCAGCAUGCCAUGAGCGUGCCCGAUCUCACACACAGACCUCGAUACUUUAAUAUGCCACCGCGGGGGUUAUUUUCUGCGUCGGCAACGGGACCCGAACGCCCCGCGAAGCAGCGAUGUAAACUGAUGGAGGCCGAACUCCACCAAGGAAAGACAUCGACCCAGCGAGAGCGUCAGAGGUACGUGGCCAAAGAUGGCAAAUGCCAGGUCAACCUGGGCCGCAUCGAAGAGAAGGGGCGCUUCCUCUCAGACAUCUUCACUACCAUCGUGGACCUGAAGUACCGCUGGUUCCUGUUCGUCUUCAUGAUGUGCUACCUCGUCACAUGGUUCUUCUUCGCCACCAUCUACUUCCUGGACGCUUUCUGGCGCUUGGAUAUCCUCAACCUGGAGAACGAUGACUGGGCCCCCUGCUUCCAGAAUGUGGAUAGCUUCACCUCCGCGCUGCUCUUCUCUGUGGAGACCCAGCGCACCAUCGGCUACGGCUCCCGCAUGGUGACCGCCAACUGCCAGGAAGGAGUUUACCUCAUAAUGGCGCAGUCCAUCGUGGGCUCCAUGAUUGACGCCCUCAUGGUGGGAUGUAUGUUCGUCAAGAUAUCUCGACCUAAGAAGAGGGCGCAGACGCUGAUCUUCAGCCAGAACUGUGUGGUCUGCCCACGCGACGAACGCCUCUGUCUGAUGUUCCGGAUCGGAGACCUGCGGGACAGUCACAUGGUGGACGCCAAGAUACGCGCCAAACUCAUCAAGUCCCGGCAGACAUACGAAGGUGAAUUCCUCCCCCUGGAGCAGUCGGAGAUCAACCUCGGCUACGAGACCGGAGAGGACCGUCUGUUCCUGGUGGAGCCGCAGGUUAUCUGUCAUGUGAUCGAUGAGAAUAGUCCCUUCUGGGAGAUGGGACCGCAGCAGCUGAUCCGAGAACAGUUCGAGAUCAUUGUCAUCCUGGAGGGAAUCGUGGAGGCUACAGGGAUGACCUGCCAGGCCAAGAGCUCCUACCUGGAGAACGAGAUCAUCUGGGGCCACCGCUUCGAGCCGUGCAUGACCCUGGAGAAAGGCGCCUUCCGGGUGGACUACACGCGCUUCCACAAGACCUUUGAGGUCCAGCUCCCUCGCUGCAGCGCCAAAGAGAUGGAGGAGACGCGGGAGCUGGAGGGCUCGGAGAUCAGCUUCUACUGGGAGAACGACGACUUCCUGACCGGACGCAGACACACCAUGACGGACAAGGACGAGGAGGAGGAGAGGACGCAGGGGGAGGGGUUCUCAGACCGCAGCGGGAGACUCAUCGGAAACAUCGCUGAAGAGCGCAGCUCCGACUUCAACGGCAGCGACUACAACCUGUAAACCCCUCCCCCUCUAAUGGAAAGAAAUAUAAGGACUGGAAUUACCGCAGCGACACAGAACAAAGUGCGCCGACGACUUCGCUAAUCCUUAUAGUUCUAUAAUCAACAACUGGGACAAGUGAGCGAACUCUAUGUACAACAAAUACGUAAUCAUUAUAUCCUGUUAGCGUCAAUGAAACCCAGACUGGACAAUAAAGAACUUUUUUUUCUUUUUUACGGAUUACCUAUGACCUCUAAAGUUCAUUAACUAUCGCUGUCAACUAAAACCUGCGCAGGCGAAUACGUAAACAGAUGGUGUGAAGUGUACAGAUCCGGAGAUGUAACAAAUCACACCCAGUGAAAAAAAAAAAAAAAAAAAGAAACUAUACUCACCUUCCCCAAGUCCUACACAGCUCCUAUCCACCUCCGUCCAGGACCCUGAUCUUCCGAGACUAGCGCUUGGCGCAGGACCUGCCGGCUCAGCCGGCAGGUCCUGCACCAAGCACUUGUCUCAAAAGAAGAGAGAAGAUCAGGGGCCCGAACGGAGGCAAAUGAGAGCCGCCGGGGGACCAGGGACAGGUGAGUAUAGGGGGUUUUCUAUUUAUAUUCUGCCCCUGCUUGAAAUUGUUAUUAUUUUUUUUUUUUAUAGAAAACAUUGGAUAACUCCAGCUCUUCAAACAUAUCCCCUAUUCACAGGCUAGGGAACAAGUGUCUGAUCGUGAGGACCCUCCACCUCCGCCAAGCAAUCUCCAGAACGAAGCCCCCGACUCUCCCAGUAGCACCUGGCAGUGACGAUCCGCUCAGCCAAUCGCUGGCCGCAGAGUGUCCCGCCUCAGUUGGUGAUUGGCUGAGUGGACCAUCACAUCUCAGACUGUGGGGGCCCGAGUGCUCAGCCCGGUGAGUCAGGACCUCAUUCCGGAGAUCAUGGGGGUCCUCCCUCCAAUCAGACACAGGAUAGGGGAUACGUUUCUAUCUUCGGAGUGCCUCUGUAAUUCUGUGUGUGGUCAGGAAUGACCUGCAGGGGCUCAGUACAUAUCCACUCUUUACACAGCAGUGCCCCCCAUAGCCUACUGGAUGUGCAGGGAACUGCAGCUGCCCCAUAGACCUGAGCAGAGCUGUACUGCCGGGCACCAAAAAGGGGCAAAGACUAAAAGGUGUUGUAGCUCCCCCUUGAUUCUCAGGAGGACGGACCCCACUGAUUAUAUAUCCUACAGAGACUUUACACCUCAUUAAUCUCCAGGUUACUUCAGGUUAUUGGGAAAUUACGACUCAAGUGAUGUA